ACAUUCUUACAUGCAUGCACACAUACCGGCCAAAAUCAUAUAACCCUUCUUUUCGCUUCGCCGUAGUCAGUUAAUAAUUAAAACAUACCCAUCCGAAAUCUCAAACUCGAUAUUAUUUUAGUAAAUUUUAUUUAAUAUUAUAAACUUAUAUUCUAAACACGAUUAAUUAAAAUUAUGGCUGUAUGAAUGCAAAUUUCCUUGCUUCUUUUAUGGUAACAAAAAAAAAUAAAAAACACUUAAAUGUCAAUAUUUGUUUAUCAGUGCUGCAGUUUUUGCUUUAGUGUAAAACUAUAAAUUUUACUCAAAUAAAUACAUAUUCGAUGUUAGUUUAAGCAUAAUGUCUGACCAGGAAGACGGCUAUUGUCGCUUAUGUGCGGAACCAACUCCACAUGGCCAGUUAUUAGAAGCUGAUGGAGACGUCGGAGUUAAUUCUAAAAUCACAACAAAAAUGCAAUGGAUAAACGUCGAUAUCAACUCGGAUGUGUUGCCGACUACAAUAUGUUUUUCAUGCUUCGACUUAUUGGAACGUACUUGGUCGUUUUUACACAACGUACGCACUGCACAAGAGAAGUUAAACAGUAUAUUUUCAAAGGCAAGUAAACCGGCGGAUAACAAUGAAAUCAAACCAGAAAACUCAUCGCAGGCUGAUAAUACUGGUCAUCCAGUUAACACUGAUUGGGAGGAGUUUGAAUGUCCGAAACUCGAAGUAAAAGAUGAAUGUGAAAUUGAGAAUUUGCAGGUUUUAACUGUAGAUCCUAAUGCACUCAUGGAUAUUGAUUAUAAUAUAGUGAAAACUGAAACUGCUUCUGACAUAGAAUUCGACAACGAUGGUUACAAUUCUAGUGAUAGUGAUUUACCUCUAAGACUCACUGUUAAAAAGAAAAAACUAAAAAAGAAACGCCAUUCUAUUAUUGAAAUUGAAGAAUUAAGUGACAGUUUAACAGUAAAACCGUUAACAUGGGAUGAUUAUAUGUGUCGGUGUGCCAGCUGUGAUGCACAGUGCAAAAACAUUGCAUCGUUACGUCUCCAUUCAAUACAGAUACAUUCAUGUUGUUGUGCCUUCAAAUGCUCAGAUUGCAGUAAAGUCAUACAUAGUUUCCGUAUGUUCGUUAACCAUGUGCGUAUGCACAAUAAACUAUUAAGGUACUGCUGUGAAUUUUGUAAUAAGAGAUUCACAAGAUCAACUUAUAUGAAAAAACACUGUAAUUUAGUUCAUAGAGAUAUGUACAUAACAAUGUGUGGAAAUUGCGGCACUGUCUUUGAUACUCAAGAACAAAUGAAAGAACAUCUAUUGGCAUAUGCUAAAGGUGUGAAAAAGCGCCUGAUCAAACGUGAAAACAUAGAAACAGACCUCAAAUGUCAACAUUGCAAAAAAGAGUUCAAAUCAAGAAGCAAUUUACAGCAACACAAAUUAGUUCACACAGAACGUAGUCGAGAUUUCUCCUGUCAUGUGUGCGGUAAAAUGUUCUUCACGAAAGGCACAUUAAGUACUCAUAUGACAACACAUGAAGAUGCAAAGCCUUUUAAAUGUGAGUUUUGUUCAAUGGCAUUUCGUGCUCGUGGUAAUCUCCAGUCUCAUAUAAGUUUGCAUUCUGGUGCAAAACCUUUUGUCUGUGAACAAUGUGGAAAAAGCUUUAGAGUGAAACGUCACUUGAAAUCACAUUCUAUUGUCCAUACAGAUUUUAUGCCCUAUGUUUGCGAAUAUUGCAACAAACAGUUCCGUUUCAAAACCCGUUUGAAUCUUCAUCUACGACAACAUACAGGUGCUAAACCUUACACAUGCAUCUAUUGCAAAAGAGAUUUUACGAAUGGUUCUAAUUUUAAGAAACAUAUGAAACGGAUACACAACAUCGACACAUCCAAAAGAAAAAUUGAUGCUGCUAUAAAACGUAUAGAACAUAUAGAUGAGACUUCUUCACAAUAAUCAAGUAGAAAAUAGUCUCAGAAAAGUCUAGAUGCACUGCAGGUUCACCAUUUUAGUUUUUUCUCAUAAUAUCUUGUCUAAAUGAAUAUUUGAUAUAAAUUUUAUUAUUUAAUGACAAAGUUAAAUGAUUUUUAUUUGAUUUUUAUUUGAAAUCUAUGCUUCUGUUAAUGUAAUUUAUUUAGAUAAAUAUUAUUAAUGAAAUAUUCUUAAAAAAUCCGCUUUGUCCCUGCCACUCUGAGAUGGGACUCGAACCUAUGACCAUUCAUAAUUUUUCAGUAUAGCAUUAAGAAUGCAAAGUUGAUCAAAUAUAAUUAUUUAGACGAGUUUUUGUGUGGGAUGCUUUUUUUGGAAAAAAGAAAAAUGAUUAGUAGGGUAACUAAAUCAUUUUAAACAUAUUCUCAUUUAUAAAAUGUUUUAACUUGUAAAUACCUAUAGUAAUAAUAUUGUACAAAGUUAUUUUAUGUCUUGAUAAUUUAAUUAACUUUGCAAUGGAAUGUACAAGUAGUGCUCAAUUACUUUUUGAUAUUAAAAUACCAACUGAAAUUAAAUUAAAUGAUGUUUAACAGCUAUUACUUAUUCCAAUAAAAAUAAAUGGAUCCAUAGUGUUACAAUAUAAAUUAUUACUUUUGAAGAGUGACAUUCUGUAAGCAUAUUUGACAUUGUUUUUAUUCAUUUUAAACCUUUUAUACCUAUUUCCUAAACUGUAAAAUAAGGUAUAAUGACAAAUUAAGUUCCAGUGAAUGUUCUAAAUUUGAGAAUU